AUGGAGGCGAAGGAGGCAUCUUCGCCAGCUGCCGGCGGCGGGUGCCCGGUGUCGGCGGAAGAGAUCGAAAAGUGGAUGGAGGAGGCCAUGCAAAUGGCCAAAGAAGCCCUAGAAAAUACUGAAGUUCCUGUUGGCUGCCUUCUGGUCUACAACAAUGAAGUUGUGGGGAAAGGAAGGAAUGAAGUUAAUCAAACCAAAAAUGCGACUCGACAUGCAGAAAUGGUGGCCAUCGACCAGGCCCUAGCCUGGUGCCGGGGCAGCAACCGGAGCCCCUCCGCGGUGUUUGAGCAAAUGGUGCUGUACGUUACGGUGGAGCCGUGCAUCAUGUGCGCAGCUGCCCUCCGCCUCAUGAGUAUCCUUGGGCUUCGUGGUUGA